AGCGGGAUAUGAUCAUUAGCAAAAUCCAAACCUCAUUUGACACUUCCGCAAAUGUGCCAUACACGAGCCUCGAGCAGCAUCCUGUGAUAGCGAGGACUGGAAUCACCAGCCGGAAUAACGAGUGCGCCUAGUUCUUUUUUAUAGCUUCUAUUUUUUACAUGAGUGUUUCCAUCCUUUUAUAACUUGCCAAAAAACGAAGAGGAGAGACAAGAAAUCUUGUGGACCGAGAUUUGAGACAGAAUGUCAACGUGCACCGAAUCUGACAACUCGGCAACAGCAACCCUUCAUAAACAAGAAGCACUCUCACCGGUCCAGGAGUGUCCCGUCUCGCCCGCCUCCUCUUCGCUCAGCAAUCCCACGCAGCCGGAUCCGAGCGAGCAGGUGUUGCUCGCCACGAUGCAGCCCGUGAGUGUGCUCGACUUACACGAACACGCCCCCGCGCACGUAGCCUUGCAUCCUAAGUACCACCAUCAUCAUCAUCACCACCACCACCACCAUCCCAAAUAUAGCCAUCACUUGCACAAUAGCCAUCAACAUCAUCAGCAUCAGCAACAACAGCAGCAACAGCAGCAGCAACAGCAACAGCAACAGCAACAACAACAAGCGGAGCCAGAAGACGGUCGAGUAACUCCGGAGUCAGGGGUCGGCGAACAUAAAAUGAUCGACCUUAUUUAUAACGAUGGCCAAAAGACGGUCAUGUACACUCACGAUAAGGAGAUCAUCUACGAGAGUGAAGCAGACCGAGUUCAGGUGGUCGAGUAUCCACCGCCACCGCCAUCGCCACCAACGCCAUCGCCACCUUCGGGAAGAAACGGCGCCGGUCUCAUACCGGUGAAUUGCGUCGCCAGGAGCGCGACAACACCUGGCGGUCCUACUACGCUCCAGCUCCACUACUCUCAGCUUCACUUUCACCACGAGCAGGAUCUUCCGCGUGCUCUGGCCAACGGGACCGCGGUACCCAUGACUGGCUCCGGUCCUCCAACGACGACCACCGUCCUCGUGCUCUCAGAACUCGUGGCUGCCGAUCCAGGACAGACUGGAACGCCGGCUCACCUGACACUGGCCACUGCCGCUGCCUCCCUUCGCUCUGGAAGACGAAGUCGUAACGAGGAAGAUCCUGGAGCUGUGCAACAAGUUAGCGAAGACGGCCAGCAGGUGUCAACUUCCGGGCAAAACACCACGAGCUACGGUCGCGAACCUGACGACAACGACGAAGAGCAGCAGCAGCAAUUGUCUACCGCAACUAGCGGCACCUCGGAUCAGGACCAAGCGGGAGGGAACGCCAACGAUCAGCAGCAGCAGCAGCAGCAGCAGCAACAGCAACAGCAACAGCAACAGCAGCAGCAACAGCAACAGCAACAGCAGCAGCAGCAACAACAACAACAACAGCAGCAGCACAGCGACGAUUCGGAAGUACAGAAAAGGGUCGCCGCGGUGCAAGUGCAGGUGCAGGGCAUGGAGGGCGACUGGCGGGCUUACUGUGAGCACCCGCUGUCGGUCGCCACAGCAGCUAUGCUCAAUCUACAACAGCAGCACCAGGUUACAGCGGUAGCCGGACAUCCGGCUGAUGAUCCUGCGGCCAGCUAUGUCUAUGAGUACUAUACAAAACUACCAGACAAGGCUGCCGAUGUCAAGCUCCCACCUACGCACGAACUGUGGUCCACGGGCGUGAUGGGCCAGAAGCUGUUGGUGCAGGAAGCUCCAGGCGGUGGUUCGACCGGACGCUUGGAAUCCGGUUCCGAAGCUUCGGGCGGAGAACUCCAUCACUUUCUUCAUCAGUACAAUCAACAGUCACAUAGCCCAGGACAGAGUCUUCAAGGUGGUUUGCCGCUGCCCCUCAGCCCGCAAUCGCAGCAGGCUGCCAUUGCAGGCGUAAAACGCGAACCUGAGGAUUUAAGUUCCUCAAGGGGGGGUCAGCAGUCUAACAAGCGGCACAAGCAGAAUCAACAACCUGACAGUCCAACGCCACCUGGUAUCUAUCACCAUCACCAACAUCAGCUCCAGUACGGAAGUCCAUAUGAUCCUUAUGGGUCGUGCAGCCCUCGACUGCAAACAAGUUAUACGUCAGCCUCGUCGAACAAUGGCACUGGUGGCAACGGCUCCAACGGCUCCAAUGGCUCGACUGGUCUGCAUCCGGAAGCCGGAGCCGUUUACGUAACUGGUGAUGCACUGCCACCUCUUGUAUCAACUGGUUCGACAUCUCUUCCAACCUCCACGGCCUCCUACACGAGGUACGAAGUGGUGCCCAGUUCGUAUGCAACCACCCACGCUAUCCGCUCGUCUUCGAGCAGCAGCAGCAAAGUACUGACAGUUGACCUGCCCAGUCCGGACUCGGGCAUAGGAGCUGAUGCAGUCACGCCUAGACAAGAUCAUCACCAAACGACGGCACUCCAUCAGUCGUCCUUCGAUUAUACGGAAUUAUGUUCGGGUGGAGCGGGAUCAGGCACUGCUGUCGUCCUCGAGAGUGGAGCUGUUAUUCAUCAUCAACCACUUCAGCUGCAGCUCCAACAAGGCCAUGCACCCGCAGCUCAAAUACAACGAGACGGUAGCGGCCUCGUCACCACGGGCGCCACAACCCCAAACUCUAACCCUAAUCCGCCGAGAUCCCGACCCUGGCACGACUUUGGCCGACAAAACGAUGCCGAUAAAAUUCAGAUUCCAAAACUCUAUUCGGCUUACGGCUUCAAAUAUCACUUGGAGUCACCCAUCAGCACCUCACAACGCCGCGAGGAUGACAGGAUAACCUACAUUAACAAGGGCCAGUUCUAUGGCAUUACACUGGACUACGUACCGGAUCCGGAUAAACCUCUCCUAAAAUCAGGACAAACCGUCAAGAGCGUGGUUAUGUUGAUGUUCCGUGAGGAGAAGAGCCCGGAAGACGAGAUCAAGGCGUGGCAGUUCUGGCACGGCAGGCAACAUUCUGUGAAGCAACGUAUUCUUGACGCAGACACAAAAAACAGCGUAGGCCUUGUGGGUUGCAUAGAGGAGGUGGCACACAAUGCAAUAGCUGUUUAUUGGAAUCCACUCGAAUCGUCGGCCAAGAUAAACGUAGCCGUACAGUGCCUUAGCACAGAUUUUUCCAGUCAAAAGGGAGUAAAAGGUUUGCCUCUUCAUAUACAAGUUGACACAUACGAAGAGCCACCACCACAUACUCAUGCCUACACACCACCAUCUCAUCGAGGUUACUGUCAAAUCAAAGUCUUUUGUGAUAAGGGAGCCGAGAGAAAAACACGUGACGAAGAGAGAAGGGCAGCGAAAAGAAAAAUGACAGCAACUGGACGCAAAAAGCUAGAUGAACUUUAUCAUUCCGUAACUGAAAGAAGCGAGUUUUAUUCGAUGGCCGAUCUCCAUAAGCCGCCUGUACUCUUUUCACCUCCGGCCGAACAUGCAAUCGAUAAGUUCUCGACGAUGGAAUUAUCAGGAUUUUACGGGGGCGGCGGAGGUGGCGGGGGCGGUGGCGAAACUGACAGCUCGUCACUGAGCAAUGGCGAGGCCGGCGGUGGACUUAAAGGCAGUGCCGGAGGCAGUCCUUAUGCACAACAGCCGGGAACUGGAGCCCGGGCAAGUUUGCCUGCCCUCAAGUUCCACAACCACUUUCCGCCCGAUAACCUAAGUGUGAUCCACGACAAAAAAGAUUCACUGCUAAUGCAGGUGCAGGAGCUUCAGGGCUCGGUGCUACAAAAUGUACAGCCAAGCCUCGGAGCCGGUCAGCUCGUCACCGGCACUCUAGGCAAUAGGCUUCACAUGCAGCCCCACAUGCGCUCAGCCGAUGUGGAGGAGAGGGUGAUGCUCUACGUACGGCAAGAGUCCGAGGAUGUAUACACACCGCUCCAUGUAACGCCACCUAGCGUCCAAGGACUCCGCAAUGCUAUCGAGUCAAAGUACAAAAUUGCAUCUUCGAGUAUUAAUAAUCUCUAUCGCAAAAACACAAAGGGAAUUACAGCGAAAAUUGACGAUGACAUGAUUCGAUACUAUGUGGACGAGGACCUCUUCAUUCUGGAAGUGUCACACUCGCGGCUAUCGGCCGAGCAGCAGCAAGAGCGAUCGAAUCGAAAUGCUGGCGGCUCGCCCUCGGAUCCUGCUGACGGUCUUGAGCCAGGAUAUGACGUUACCCUCAUCGAAAUGCCUAUCAACUCCCAGCAGUCGAUGACUUCGGUCUCGCCGCACCAGGCAACCGUUGUGCAGCAUCACGUUGCCGCCACGUGAACAGAUUUUGCAACGCAUUUACAUCACAAUUUUCAUGAGGAUUUUGAAUUUGUAAUUAUGUCACUUGGAAAAUGACAAAUAAGAAACAGAUAAAGAAAAAAGAUUUAAGAUCUUUUAGUGCUCUAGAGUUAAUAAAGUGAGAUUUGAUGAGCACGUCCCAUUACGUGCAUUAAAAGGACUUCUUUUGGCUGUUUACGUUUUACUUAAUACGUGAUUGCGAGGAACACUUAGUUGGAUUAGUUAAAUCGUUUCUGAAUUAAAGACUAUAUGUAAUGUAAGAGUACUAGUUGCUGUGUAUUUUUAAUACUGUAGCUUAUUUUCUUAUUUCGUAACAAA